AUGUCCUCUCAAUCCGCACCAGUCAAUUUAGUAUCGGUCAACACUGCACCUGACAGAGCCAAAAAAGUCAUUGGCGCUGUGAUCGAGAAUGUGAAGGACCGAUAUAACAUCGUUCACGCCGGGAACACCACCACUAUUGAAGGCGUCAAACCUCUUCUAGAAUCCGUGCAACCACCUCCAGGUAUUCUGUUCUGCGCUUCCAUGUGGACUCCCGAACAACAGGAAGAAAUACAGAGAAUCGCAAGGGAAACGAUCCCUGGGAUCAAGACACACGGAAUUCCCACAGGAUUACAAGUGCAAGUCGGACCCGACGGUAUUGUCAAAUAUUUGAUGGAGAGGAUAGAUGAUAUCAUGACUAAAGAGUAG